UAUCAUACAAAUAACUUAGUCAGGCUACGCUAGGAAUAUUGUACGAAAACGGCGAAGUAAAUUGCAAACAAUUUUGGUGCCUUCUUUUGUGGCCAUGUCUGCGCUUUUCCGUCUCACCAGUCGCGCUGUAGCGCUCCAGCGUUCCCUGGCCAUUAAACAAGCAUACAGCUCAUUGCACGCCUGUCGCACCAUCAAGACGUCGCCAAAGAAGGACGAGACAAUCGCAGCACCAGCCAGUGUUACGACCGAGGAUUUCGCAAAUCCCAAUCCCAAGAACUGGGUGAGCUAUGGCUUCGACUACAAGACAGAGGCCGACGAUCGCAAAGCUACCAAAUCCACAUUCUUUUUCGCCGUCACGCUGUGCCUAGUAUGGGGCACCUUCUAUUGGGCAUAUUUGCCCGACACGCAAAUCCGCAAUUGGGCUCAGCGCGAAGGUUUCCUGGAGUUGCGUCGACGUGAGCAGGCGGGAGUGGAUCUAGUUAGUCCCAAUUAUGUGGACCCAUCCAGCAUUGUGCUGCCCUCGGAUGAGGAUCUCGCCAAUACGGAAAUUAUCAUUUAAACAAUUUUAGUUUAGUUUGUUAUGUAAUUGAGAGCUGCAAGCUAUGGGCCCACUGCGAACGAGUUGCCUGGCGUUCUGCCUAAUAAAAUUGCAUAUAUCGAUGUGAA